CUCUGAUUUUUUUUUUUUUUUUUUUCAUGUUUAUCAUUUUUCGGAAAUUAGGUUCCUUUCUUAUAAUUUGAUCAAAAUUGUGAGAGUCACCGAGAAGAUCUUUCUAUACACAAAAUCGCCACCUCUUGUAAUUCACUGUCACUGAACACAGGGUGGCUUCUUCUGAAAUGGCUGCUUCGUCUUCACUUUUCUCUUGCUCAAUGCAUAUGGAGGUGCUUGCUCCAAAGAUAUCAAAAUGCCCUAAAGAUUUUAUAAGCUGUCAUAGUAAAAUCUCCUACAUGGAACCGAGUUAUUUACAAUCAACAUGCUAUCCCAUAUCAAGAUUUUUAUGCAUAAACAGUUUAUCAAAAUGUGACAAAAUGAAAAAAACCUGGCAAAGAGAUGGAAUCCGUUGCUUUUCCGAGGGGCAGAAGUUUCAACUUGAUGAUGUAAUUGAAGCGCAGCAGUUUGAUAGAGAUAUACUAAAUGCUAUUUUUGAAGUUGCGCGUGAUAUGGAGAAUAUUGAGAGGAAUUCUCCUGAAAGCCAGAUUUUAAAGGGUUAUCUUAUGGCUACCUUAUUUUAUGAGCCGUCUACGAGAACUAGACUUUCGUUUGAGUCUGCUAUGAGAAGACUAGGUGGAGAGGUUUUAACAACUGAAAAUGCUAGAGAAUUUUCGUCCGCGGCUAAAGGAGAGACACUUGAAGAUACAAUAAGAACAGUUGAAGGUUACUCUGACUUAAUUGUGCUUCGACAUUUUGAAAGUGGUGCUGCGAGAAGAGCUGCAGCUAUAGCUGGCGUUCCAAUAGUCAAUGCAGGGGAUGGUCCUGGACAACAUCCGUCCCAGGCCCUUUUGGAUGUUUAUACCAUUGAAAGAGAGAUUGGGAAGCUUGAUGGUAUAAAAGUCGGGCUUGUGGGAGACCUAGCUAAUGGGAGGACUGUUCGUUCAUUGGCCUACUUGCUUGCAAAGUACAAGGAUGUGAAAAUUUAUUUUGUAUCUCCUGAAGUCGUAAAAAUGAAGGAUGAUAUAAAAGACUAUUUGACAUCAAAAGGAGUGGAUUGGGAAGAAAGUUCUGAUUUAGUGGAAGUGGCGUCGGAGUGUGACGUUGUUUAUCAAACUCGUAUUCAAAAAGAAAGAUUCGGAGAAAGACUCGACCUUUAUGAAAAAGCUAGAGGCAAGUUUAUUGUGAAUCAGAAUAUUCUCAAUGCAAUGCAGAGACAUGCUGUGAUUAUGCACCCUCUUCCAAGACUUGAUGAAAUCACAGUGGAUGUUGAUGCCGAUCCAAGAGCUGCUUACUUUAGGCAGGCCAAAUAUGGUUUAUAUAUCCGAAUGGCGCUUUUGAAACUCUUGCUUGUUGGAUGGUAAACCUGCAUAUCAAAUGUUCAUGCAGACUUUUAUCAUGAGUUGUUUUUACAAGACAUAAUUUUGUUUAUAUGUUAUUACUACCACUGCAUGAAAAUGUUACGAGUCCUAGAUGGGAAAAGAGGGAAGACAAAGACAUAUAUCCCAUUAGUUUCUUGAAGUGUUGGCCAAUAGAUUGUUUGGCAAAACAUUACUUUGUACAAGUUUGUACAAGAUGCAUCUAAUGGUUAAGGAUGACAAUCUUAAAAGGUAAGUCACAU